GGCAACUAGGGGGAGAGGGUAGAGAGAGGAAUCGGCGAGGGGAGGGUCGAAAAUUUUCCGGGAAAAUCUCGAGCUUUUGUUCGCCGGAAAGUUUUCGACGAAACGGAGACCUGAAAUCAAUUUCCAGCUAGAUAGUAAAAACUCAAUAUCUCGUUAACGAGAAUUUCCAGUUUCUCUCAUAGAUUCUCUCCUUGCUCCAGGAUUUUCCCGGUUUCUAUCUCAACGUGGUUGGAGAUCCUUUGUCUCUACUGGAGAAUAAAGUGCAAUGUAAAUUUGGAAUAUUUUAAUUUCGAAAACCUCCAAGGUUUGCCAAAAGUGGUUUAGUUUGGUCGUACGCGGUUUUGAUUCAUACGAAUAUUGGAUAAGGUUGAUUACUUUGUUCAGGAGGAACUCUAAAGGUGAUUCAGCUGUCCAAACAAAUCUCUCGGACCAAGGGUGUUCGGGAUUUGAAAGUUUUAGUGUGGAAGGAAGUAGCUGGAAUUUCAGAAAAUGGGUGCAGUUUGUUGUUGCUUUCGGGUUGACUACUUCGAGAGUAUUGCGAAUCAGAAUAAUUCCGUGUAUAGGAACUGUCCAUGCCUAAGUUGCUGCCUUCAGAAUUUCAUAAAUUUGUAUACUUCGUGUUUCAACCAAGGGGGAAUGCAAUCAAUCCCUUCAUCGGUCGAGACCGCCACCGCAAUGACUUCCACUACUUCACUUGAUGACUCUCUUUCUGAUAUGUACCAUUCUCCUCCAAGGCCAUUGCCUUAUGAUGCUGAUCCCAGAUGCUUCCGUUUUGUUUCUAGACAUGAGAAGGGCUCGAGUCAUUUGGGCGAGGAAGCAGAACCGUUAAGGGGCGAUAGUUGUAUGAACUCCGAUUCUUUGGGUCAAGCAGCCAAAUGGAGUAAGUCAGUUUGUGAAGAUGGUUCAAAAGAGGGGCAAACCGAAAGUUCACCAACCAUUCUAAAGUCAAAAGCAGCUCCGGGGAUUGAAAUUUAUUAUGCAGAAUCAGACGAGGAGGAUAUCUGUCCGACAUGCCUUGAUGAAUAUACCCCGGAGAAUCCAAAGAUACUCACCAGGUGUUCUCACCAUUUCCACCUUAGUUGUAUUUAUGAAUGGAUGGAGAGAAGUGAAACCUGUCCUGUCUGCGGAAAGGUGAUGGCCUUUGAUGAAACCUCUUGACAUUGUUAAUAAAAAGACUUGGAGAAGACAUGGAAGAAGCACAGAGUCCUGCACAAUUAGACAUAUAUAUAUAUAUAUAUGUAUCUGUGUACAUAUCCCUUUGCCUUAAUCUUCAAACCGUUGGGGAAAAAAUAACCAUUUUAAGGUUUUGAAGAGUUUGUUUUGAUUUGGACAUUAUUUCUUUAAAAAGCUCAUUUAAGAAUA